CACACAUGCGGCAUGCAAACCUCACCAGCCAUCUGUGUGAAUAUAUGUGGAGGUAUGCAGACAAGGGAGAUCUGUUCCAAGCAUUCAUGCAGAAUGCUGGUGAACUUUACAAAUCGCAGAGAUAGUUUUGUUGACUGAACAUUUCAUUACAACCUGUAGGAAAAGGACUCAACUGAAAUGUCUGCUACCAAUCAUUUAUAGUUCCUCAAUAGUUUUCAACCUAUAUUGCUUCCAUUAGUCCAUUCAGUUUCUUAAUGUAGUCAUUGAAGUCUUUGUCAACAACAAUAUGUGUGCCAUACAAUCCAGUUUGUAAAAAACAUUCCAGUAAUAAAUAGAAAGUAUACCAACAGCAUUGCAUAUUUGCUAUAGAUGUAAUGAGAGGUGCCCAUGAUAUCAAAGACAAGAAAUUGAACCAUAAUUGAUUAUACCUACAAACAUUGUUUAACUUUUAAGAAUUCCUCUAAAAUUAAUAUGGAGGAUAUUUAUCACUCUGACAUUUCUAACACAACUGCUUUUGCCAAUAUAGAUACAGUUACACAGACUGAUAGAAAUGAGAAACUUGUAGACAAAAAUGUUCCUGAAUAUCACUGUGAAAGUUGUAAGAAGAUAUUUUCUUCAGAACAUGAAGUCUUCAUGCACAAAGAAAUACAUAGUAAGAAAAUGCCCCAUCAUUGUGAUGCAUGUGAGAAAGCUUUUGUCAGUAACAAUGCUUUGAGAAAACACAAAAGAAUUCACGCUGGAGAAAAACAGUUUUACUGUGAAAUUUGUGAGAAAUAUUUUCUCAACAACAGUGAUUUAACAAAACACAAACGAAUCCACACUGGAGAGAAACGUUUUAAUUGUGAAAUUUGUGGGAAGUCUUUUGUCUCUAAUAGAAAUUUAGCAAAUCAUAAAGUAAUACACACUGGAGAAAAAGCAUAUCAUUGUGAAAUAUGUGAGAAAAUGUUCUCUCAGGAAGCUUACCUUGCUCUCCACAUUCAAAGACACACUGGGGAAAAACCGUAUCAUUGUGAAAUAUGUGGGAAACACUAUGUUUCUAACAGUGAUUUAUACAAACACAAAAGAAUACAUACUGGAGAAAAACCUUACAACUGUGAAAUAUGUGGGAAACCUUUUGCUGAUAAUUCUAGUCUUGUUGUUCACAAACGUACUCACACAGGAGAGAAACCGUAUCAUUGUGAAAUUUGUGGGAAAUCAUUCUCAGAUAAUUCUAGCCGUGUAGUUCAUAAAAGAAUCCACACUGGUGAGAGACCCCACCAUUGUGAAUUAUGCGGGAAGUCGUUUAUGUAUAGCAGUGACUUAACAAAACACAAAAGUUGUCACACUGGAGAAAGUGUGUGUUAUUGUGAAAUAUGUGGAAAAUCAUUCUCUGUGAAUUCGAGUCUUGUUGUUCACAAACGUAGUCACAUUGGAGAGAAACCGUAUCACUGUGAAAUAUGUGGCAAACUAUUCACCACUAAUAGUGACUUAACAAAACAUAGAAGAACCCACACUGGAGAGAAACCCUAUCAUUGUGAAAUGUGUGGAAAAUCUUUUUCAGUUAAUUCUAGUCUUGUAGUUCACAAACGUAGUCACACUGGAGAGAAGCCCUACCAUUGUGAAAUAUGUGGAAAAUUGUUUGCUACCAACAGUGCUUUAAAGAUACACAAAAGAAUACACUCUAAAGAAAAACCUUAUCACUGUGACAUCUGUGGCAAAUCUUUUGUCUCGAGCAGUGACCUAACAAAACACAAAAGGAUUCACACUUGAGGGAAGCCUUAUAACUGUGAAGCAUAAGAAAUCCUUCCCUCACAAAUCAAUAUUCAUUGUCCAUCAACAAAUAGGCAUUAAUGCAAAAGGAUUCACACUGGAGAGAAGCCUUUUAACUGUGAAGCAUGAGAAAUGCUACCCUCACAAAUCUAUAUUCAUUAUUCAUGUAUUCAUAUGGGAGAGAUGACAUAUCCCUGUGAUAUCUGUGGUGAAUCAUUCUUUCAAAAUAGUGUCUCAAUUACAUACCAACAUUUUCAUACAUGAAAGCUGCUAUACCACUGUGAUAUCUCUGGUUAAUAGUUAUCAUAAAAGAGUCCCUAAAGUUCACAUAUAUUUGUACAGAGAAGCAGCAUCAAUGUCAAAAGUAAUUCUCUGAAACAAUGUCUUGUAUGACUAUAAAUAUAUUUACAUUGGAAAGAAAAAAUAGCAGUGUGGCAACAACCCCCCAAGACUACAUCACCACCACCACCACCAUCAUCAUUUAGCUUCCAUUUUCUGUACUGGCAUGGGUUAGACAGUUUGACUGGAACUGGUAAGCCAGAGAGCUGUACCAGGUUCCAAAUCUGAUUUGGCUUGGUUUCUAUCACUGUAUGCCUUUCCUGAUGCCAACCCCUCCAAAGUGUGUACUGGGCAUUCAUACAAAAGGAAAACCAGAUCAUUGUGAUAUCUGUGGUGAAUCAUUCUCCCUAAUCAAACAUAAAUGUGUUUAUACAAGAGAGAAACUCUACUUCUAUGGUAUAUUAUUUGUUUGAAAAGACUCACCUAAUUAAACAUGUAUGUAUUUGUACAGCUCCCAAAACCAGAUCAUUGUCAUCUGUCACAAAUCAUCAUCAUCAUUUGUUGUUGCUUUUUAUGCUGGCAUGGGUUAGAUGGUUUAACUGGAACUGGCAAAUGACAGCAAUCUGAUUUGGCAAGGUUUCUAUGACUGGAUGAUAUUCCUAAUGCCAACCACUCCGGAAAAAUGCAUUUUAACUAAAUUAAGCAUAUUCAUACCAAAGUGAAGCCAUCUAACUGUGAUACCUGUAGUAUAUCAUUCUCAAGGUGGUUAAUUAAUUAUACAUAAAUGAAUUCAUACAAGAGAGAGAGAGAGAUACUGCAUCAGUUAUUUUUUUUUAUAAAUCAUUCUCUCUCAAAAAAAAAAACAAAAAAAACUUGAGAAGCCAUUUAGGUAUUCAUACAGAAGAGUUCGUGUAUCAGAGUUGAAAUUCAAGUUGUAGUAAAGACAGCAUCUUAUAACUUAUAAAAUUGAAGUGGUAAGUUGGGCUUUCAUUUGAUAAAAUAAGAAGGGUGCGAUAGUGUGAGGGGAAACAUAGUGGCAUAGAGAGUGUGACUGAUAUCAAGGAAGGGGAGGACAGAGUUGUGUAAGCGACAAAUAUGGAGUGGCAGUGGGGUAGUAAUGUUAAUACAGUUGUCAUUCAGAGAUACAUAUGUGCAUGCUUUCAGUCUCUGUUUCUCACUCUCUUUCUCUCUGUCUCUCACUCUCUAUCUGUUUGUCUCUCUAACACACACAAAUCUAUAGACAAGUAUUUGACAACAUUUAAACCAAAAUUAUCCGAAAAUAACCAAAGUAUUCCUUUUUUCCAUUUAUGAACAGACGAUAAAGAAGUCGUCAUCUGUUAAAUACUUUGAAUUAAUUCACUUUUCUUUUCAUGAAGGUGACAUUUCAAGUCAACAUUGAAGGUGAAGUACCUUAUUAAUUUUGUUUUUAUUAUUUACAAAAUUAUAAUCACUCCUUCAUCUGUCACAAAGUUAGAAAGACAUUUCUAAAGGAGAAAUUGCUCUCAUUUAAUAUUUUAUCCCUUUUGGUGUUGUAAUUUUCCAUCACUUUCUGUUCCCAAAACCAUCUAAAGAUAAACUGAAGGUGAAGUUCCUUACUGAAUUUAUUGAAAAAUAUUCAACAAUUACAUUAAUUUAUUAAUUCAUCCGUUUAAUAAAGUCAUGGAUGAUGGUAACUCUGUUCAGAGCUGUGUCACUCUUGCUCAAAAACAACAGAAAUUACCAAACUCUUCGGGAAGAGUCUGUAUGAUACAUAUGCAAUAAUUGGAAGUAUUUUCAAUCUUUUAUUUCUGAUAGUACAAUGCAGGAAUACCAAGCAUACAUGAGUAGGGGUAUAGAAGGAAAUGAAAUAUCACAAGAUAGUAAAAAAGACAAAAGAAUGAGAAUUCAAACACUUAAUAUGAAAAUUGUGGAAGAAAGUAAAAACCAUCAGAAAGUUAAGUUGCAAAAAAAUAUGAGGGAAUAUGAGAGGAGGACAAGAGAGCAAGAAAGUAAUAAAGAUAGGGAAAUAAGAUUGCAGAGAAAGAAGGAAAAUUAUAGAAAUAAAAAAAGACAAAGAAGUACAAUUGCAAAAAAGAAGAGAAAAAUGUAAAAUAAAUAGAAAAUGAAAGUGAAAGCAACCAAAAAGGAGAAAGCUUUCCAGAGAAAUCAGCAGAAAAAGUAUGGAUGAUUUCAACGGCAAGGUGUAGCAUUUAAUUAUGAUCCUAAUCGUAAUUAUGCACCUGAAAAAAUUGUCUCCCUGGGCCCUAUGUGAAAAGUGUGGUGCUAGGAAGUGGAACAAGGAAUCAUUAGGUGUGUGUUGUUCUAAAGGUAAGGUCCUUUUACCAAUAAUUGAGCCAUCAGAACUUAUAAAACAUCUUUUGGGUACCACUUCAGAAUCAAGACACUUUCCUAAAAAAACUAUUUGAGCAUACAAUUGUGCUUUUCAACUGACAUCAUUUUGGGGCAAAAAUUAAGUGAAUUUAUGCCAACUUUUAAAGUGUAAGGACAAAUUUAUCACAAAAUUGGCUCUCUUAAGCCUUUACAGAAUAAAGAUCCACAAUUUUUACAAAUAUAUUUUAUAGGUGACGUUCAAAAGGAAGCACAGUGUUGCAACAAGAAUUGUCCAGGUUCAAGAUUAGAACUUAUUUUUAAGCUGCAAGAAAUGCUUCAUGAAAAGAAUUCUUAUGUGAGAAGCUUUCAGUAUGUUUUAGAAUGUACUUCAACUGCAAACUUUCAAGUUGUCAUCAACCCCAACAAAAGACCGGCAGGAGAACAUGUCCGUUGACUCAAUGUUCCUGAGUGUAAUAAAGUGGCAAUUAUUAUGGUUGGAGAACAACAUGGUAAAUGAGAUAUUUUUCUGAAAUAUUGUGACAAUAGCAUCACGUUCAGAAAUGAAAUUCAUCGUUCAUAUGAUGCAUUAUAAUAUCCCUUGUUAACAGAGAAGAUGGAUACUAUUUUGGUAUAAAAGUUGGAGGAAUCACUUCCAAAAGAACUGUAUCCUGUAUGAAUUGUUAUGAUUAUCAGUUAAUGAUUUGAAUUUGUUUAAUCAUCUUCACUAUUGCCAAGAUCUUAUUCACCAGUAUGUUGUUGACAUGUAUACCAAAAUAGAGUCAGAGAAGUUGUGCUUCAUGAAAAUGCACCAAAAAGAACUAUGUUCAGAAUCGUAUGUGCAUAUAUGAGAUAGCAUUAACAAUGAUAUUGCUGGGACAGGGCUUGGACAACUUUGUAUUUUCCCCUUUUGUUUUACAGGAAGCCCAAGAUAUAUACACGAGAGGACACAAGAUGCCAUGACUUACAUGCGUAAUAAUGGACAUAAUGAUGGAUAGCCAUCAUACAGAAGAAGGGCACCACAAGAUGGAGGUUUUGGAACAAAAAUUGGUCACCAUACAAUUGGUAAUCAGUGGAUAGUGCUUUACUGCCCUCCUUUGUCUAAGACAUUCAAAGAAUACAUAAAUGUAGAAUAUUGUUAUUCUAUAAAGUCAAUGAAGUACAUUUAUAAAUAUGUUAAUAAGGGUUCUAAUGCUGGUGAAAAAGAUCUUGGCAUGUUUACCCUUCAACAACAGACAUUUCAAGAAGAGGUGACACACUUCCAAAUGGGGCGAUAUAUUUGUAGCAAUGAGGCCUUCUGAAGAAUAUUUGACUUCCUACUCACGAACCAUGUCCUCCAGAGAAACAACUCUCUGUUCAUUUAGAGAAUAGGCAAAGAAUAUAUUUCACAACAGAAACUGCUGCUCAGCAAUCCCUAGCUCCAAGAGAAACUACAUUAACAGCAUUUUUCAAACUUUGUCAGAAAGAAUCUUUCGCUAAAACCCUGUUGUACUCUCAAUUACUGUCAUAUUAUACAUGGAACAACAAACAAUGGACUCACAGAAAAAGUGGCACUGAGGUUGGUGGUUAUCCUGAUAUCCGAUUUGACAAUGUUCGGGGAAGAGUUUGUUCUGUGCAUCCAACUCAGCAGGAAUGUUUUUACUUUAAGGCGUUGAGCUGGCAGAAACGUUAGCACGCUGGGUGAAAUGCUUAGCAGUAUUUCGUCUGCCACUAUGUUCUGAGUUCAAAUUCCGCCGAGGUCGACUUUGCCUUUCAUCCUUUCGGGGUCGAUGAAUUAAUUACCAGUUAUGCACCGGGGUCGAUGUAAUUGACUUAAUCCCUUGUUUAGCCCCUGUGGGCAGUAAAGAAAUAAGGAAUGUUUUUACUUGCAUUUGUUUCUCCAUGAAAUUCGUGGUCCCACAUCUUUUAUCGACCUCUGAACUGUUGAUGGUUAUGUUUGUGCUUCGAAUAGAGAAGCAGCUUUUAGGUUAGGUUUAUUAUAAGAUGAUAGUCAUUGGAUGGCUGCUAUGUCAGAGGCUUCUCUGUCUUACGCAGGAGGCAAUUUAAGAACACUGUUUGCAUUCUCCUUAAAGACUGUGAAUUAGGGGAUCCAGGAUCAAUAUGGCUUAGAUACAGAAAUUAUCUUGCGGAAGAUUACGAGUACUAGAUUCGAUUACAAUGUCCUGGUACAAAAAUAGAAUACAGUGAUGAAAUCUACAAUGCCGCAUUAAUUGCCAUUGAAAGACGAAGUUGUUUCUAUGAAAGGGAAUGAAUUACUUGAGUACGGACUUCUUAAUACCAAUCAUUCUGAACUCGAUAGUUUAACAACAUAUCUAUUAAAUGAGACUUCCUAUGACAUUGAAGACUUCUCAAGAUAUGUUAGUGGAAAUGAAUUGAAAUUGUUGCUUGAAUAAAAAGUAUACUACAAUACUAUACUAGAAAGAGUUUUUGAUCAAAUGAGAGGGUCUUCUUUUCUUGAUGCAUCUGCAUGAACUGGCAAAACAUUUGUUGCUAAGCUUUUACUUGCCAAAAUACGACAAGAGAAAAAAUAGCUUUGGCUGUUGUUUCUUCAGGUAUUGCUGCUACUUUACUCUCAGGAGGAAGAACAACUCACUCUACUUUCAAAUUCCCCUCGAAUAUAGCUCGCAUUGAAACAUCAGUUUGUAAUAUUAGCAAAACAUCUGAGAUGGAACAAAGCAGAAUUAAUAGUCAAGACUAUUUAAGCAUUUUAUCUGAUCAAAUUCAUCCUAUGGUUGCGGAACAGUUUCCAGAGAGAAACACAAUCUUUCAGGAUGAUAAUGCACUAAUUCACACAGUGAAAGUUGUUACUGAAUGCCUCAAGGAACAUCUUAUCUGGCCACCACAGUCCCCAGAUCUCAAUAUUAUUGAACAUUUAUGGUGCAUUUUAGAAAAACAAGUAAGGAGUUGAUAUCCUCCACCAUCAUCAAUACAAGAACUGGAGACUGCUUUAGCUGAAGAAUGGAUAAAAAUUCCUUUGGAAACAAUUCAAACUUUGUACGAGUUCAUACCUCAUAGAAUUCAAGCUGUAAUUACUGAAAAGGCGGUCCUACCCCAUAUUAAAAUAUAUUUGUUUGAAAUUUUAGGGUGUUUCCAUUAUUUUGUUCAACCCCUGUAUGUUCCUUUUGGAAAAACAUGUAACAUUGUUUAUAAGGAAGUUCUGGAUUUAGAAUAAAUAGUAAAUGAGAUGAACAAAUAACACAAUUAAGAGGUGAAAGGACAUGGGCCAAAAAUAGAAAUUUUAAAAAUGAAAUGCAAAAAUGUAUUUAGCAUGGCAAAACUGUCAUGGCGGUUGGAUCCUGAGUAACACCAGGUAACUCUGAUGUGUGUGUGUACACACUUCUCCACUUUUUAUGUUUUAAAUAGCAGAUAUUACAAUUCUGUAAAUAAAAAGUUUUUAAAAUUUGCAAUGGCAUAUCACAUUUUU